AUGUCAAGCAAGAAGAAACACAAACGAAAACACAGCGACAGCGAUGAAGACGACGACGUUUUCUACUACCUCUACUGCGCUUCUUCCUCAACCCCCAACACCACCACCGGCACCACAUCCAGUAAUCAACCCCAAUCAAAACCGAACAACAAAGGAUCAUCAAUAGGAGGAACAGGUGAACCCUUAGCACCAUCAAAAUCGACGUUAUACGUUUCUAACCUAGAUUACUCCCUAACAAACUCCGAUCUCCAUACGCUCUUCUCUACUUUCGGCCGCAUUGCGCGUGUAACCGUUCUCAAAGACCGUCACACGCACCUAAGCCGCGGUGUCGCGUUUGUCCAAUUCCUUUCUCGUAAUGACGCCCAACGCGCCGUGGCGGAGAUGAAUAAGAAGAUUCUCAAUGGAAGGACUCUAACUGCUUCUAUUGCUGCUGAUAAUGGACGUCCUCCGGAGUUUAUUCGGAAGCGCGUGUCGCGGCCUCAGCCUAAGAAGCCGCGAUGGGGAUUUAGUGGGCUGAGGGAUAGGGAUGGGGAGGAGGAAGGUGAUAAGGAGGAGGAGGAGGGUGGUCAGAUUGCUGCGGAGCAGUUUGACGAUAAUUGGGCUUCUGUUGUGGAUGAUGAAGCGGGUGAAAGGUUGCUGGGGAGAAACAGAAAUGAUGAUGAGGGUUUGGACAACAACAAGACGAAGAAGAAAGGGAAGAAAGCUGGGUAUUUCAGUGAUGAGAGUGAUCAUGAUGAUGAUGAUUGA